AUCCAUUCUUUUUUCCCUCAAUCAACCCUUCUGCACUACGCUUAUUCAUUCAUUUCUCUUUCUUUCUCGUGCUCUCUCAUCAUGAGGGUCCCUCUCUUUGCUGUUUUGCCCGCUGCUGGCUUGGCAGCUGCAGCUGCAGACAAGUGUAAUCCCGACUUCUUCACUCCUUAUUUGAGCUCCAAUGCCAGUAUUGUCUACGCCCGGACCUUCACCUCCACCGACGUGUUCGAAGGGCCAUUGGGUAACUACACUGGUAUGCCAGAGUACUGUGCUCUCUACGUGAAUGUCAGUUCUUCUGCGGUCUCCUCCUACGAAUUCGGCCUUUGGUUGCCCACCGAUACCUGGAACCAGCGGUACAUGGCCUACGGCAAUGGUGGAUUUACUGGUCAGGUCGCCUUCGCGGACAUGGCGCCGGGACUCAACUAUGGCUUCGCUGUUGUCUCGACCAACACUGGCCAUAACUCGACUGUGAUGGAGGCCGGAGACGCCGGGUGGGCGCUGAACCGCCCCGAGACCCGAACUGAUUGGGGUUGGCGUGCGCUUCACGGCAGUGUCGCCCUUGGAAAGGUCUUGACGGAGGCGUUUUACGACAAGUCGAUCGAGUACUCCUACUAUGCCGGUUGCUCCACCGGUGGUCGUCAGGGUUUGAAAUCUGUUCAGAUGUUCCCGGAAGACUUUGAUGGUGUCUUGGCCGGAGCUUGUGCGUGGUGGACGAGUCAUCAGCAGAACUGGGAUCUGAAGGUGGCCCUCGACAAUCUGCCCAACGAUGCUCCCCACCACAUCACCGCCGAUCUCAUGGACGUUCUUGCUGCUGAAGUGUUGAAGCAGUGCGAUAGCGCCGAUGGUGUCAAGGACAAUAUCAUCAUGGAUGGUUAUGCCUGCAAGUUCCGUCCAGAGGCCCUGCUUUGUGAUAGCCCUAGCGCCAACACUAGCACCUGUUUUAGCGCUGAUCAGAUCAACACCGUCUAUCGCAUUUACGGGGACUGGAUUGAUACCAACCAAACCUUGGUCUUCCCGUCCUUUGCCUGGGGCUCUGAAGCCCAAGUCUCUCUGAUGAUUAUGACCGACGAGGCCGACGUCGAUGCCCCUAGUGGUGUCGCCUACCCCCGCGACUUCGUCUAUAACAACGCGGACUGGCCUGCUCAAGACCUGGACUUUGAGACAAUUCUACUCUCCGACUACCUCGAUCCCGGUAACGCUACCGCUGAUGACUUCGACAUUCGCCCCUUUUACCGCCGCGGUGGCAAGCUUAUCCACUAUCACGGGUAUGCUGACGGAGAAAUCCCCACUGGUUCCAGCAUUUACUACCGCAAGCAAACCGAGAACACUCUGAUCCCUCACGGUAUUGACUUGGAUGACUUCUACCGGUUCUUCCUGAUCCCUGGUAUGGAGCACUGCCUGGACUCAGUCCAUGAUGCUCCCUGGUACUUUGCUGGUGCGAACCAGCCCGCUGGUCUGACCGGCACCAACGUCUGGGGUGUGCCCGGAUACCGUGACGCUAAGCACGACGCCAUCCUCGCCUUGAUGGCCUGGGUUGAGAACGGCACCGCCCCGACCGAGCUCAUUGCUACCAAGUUCAUUGACGAUACCCCCGCUCUCGGUGUCCAAGCUCAGCGUAGAGCUUGUCCCUACCCCAAGGCUGCCAAGUACGUUGGCGGUGACUGGAACAAGACCUCCUCCUUCGAGUGUGCGUGAACCGGGUAAAUAGCUUUUAUUCACUGAUCGGCCAGUCUUUCUUGUCAUUUAAUUGGAG